AUGAUCUGCAUCUCAGAUCUCCACAGCCACUGCUCAUCUGUACCACAUUAUCACAGAAUGCUGUUCUAUCUUCUGUUCUGGAUGAGUCUAUUUCUGUUGAUUACAAACGGCGAAAGAGGGUUUUAUGGGAAUCAUUACGCCGAGUGGAAUGAUUCACAACUGCUGCCCACUAUACAGAAGCUGAUGAAAGGCUACAAUCGAUACCUAAGGCCAAACUUUAACCAUGGGCCUGUUGAAAUUGGAAUGAGUUUGGAUAUUGCCAGCAUUGAUGCCAUCUCUGAGAUUAACAUGGACUACACAGCCACUAUCUUCCUAAGACAACGGUGGCGAGAUUCUCGCCUGGUAUUCCCUGGAAAUGAAAGUCUGAGUCUGGACGGGCGGCUGGUUUCUUUGCUGUGGAUACCCGAUACAUUCAUCCCUGAUUCAAAGCGUUCCUUCCUCCAUGAUGUAACUGUGGAGAACCGUUUGAUCCGCAUCUUCAGCAAUGGCACUGUGCUCUACGCUCUUCGCAUAACAGCAACCAUCGCCUGCAACAUGGACCUCACCAAGUAUCCUAUGGAUAGACAAGAGUGUACUUUGCAAUUAGAAAGCUGGGGCUAUAAUUUACAGGAUGUGGUGUUUUACUGGACCCGAGGGAAUGACUCUGUGAAGGGGUUAGAUACACUGCGUCUGGCCCAGUACAGUGUGGAGAGCUACUACACAACCGUAUCUGAAGCUGUGUAUGAAACAGGUUUUUACCCGAAGCUAGUUCUGCACUUCUCUUUACGUAGAAAUGUAUUGUUCUUCAUUCUGGAGACGUAUGUGCCCUCAACAUUGCUGGUGGUUCUGUCAUGGGUGUCUUUCUGGAUCAGCCAGUCCUCUGUUCCAGCUCGCACCUGCAUCGGAGUGACAACUGUUCUUACCAUGACCACACUGAUGAUGGGUGCCAGGACCUCACUUCCCAAUGCCAACUGCUUCAUUAAAGCUAUUGACGUCUAUCUCGGCAUCUGUUUCACCUUCAUCUUUGGUGCUCUGCUGGAAUAUGCCUGCGCUCAUUUCUGCACCAUGCAGCACCAUACCAUUGUAGAUGUGCAAAGGGAACUACUCAAAGAAUUCGAGGAGUCAAAUGGUACGUCUCACUUGGCAAAUUCAACGUCCCCCAAAAAGAUGCAGACAGAAGAAUCCACUCAGCAGGAGGCGCCUGAGCAAUCUGUGACAUGCGAAGGAAAUGAAGCCACAGACAAGAAGAAAGAGAAGGGGUGCGGUUUGUCCUCCGUAAAGAAAAUGUCUCGCCGAGCAGCAUCCAUGAUGAGUGUCGAGAAUCCUAACAACAUCGACAGACAUGCACGUGUAUUUUUCCCCAUGAUAUUUCUCCUCGUCAAUAUUUUCUACUGGCUCUACUACCUUUUAUUCUAAAGGAUGAACAACUCUACCUCCAAUCUCCUUUAAUGAACAAUGAAUUGCACAAAUGACUGUAAAAGUGAAAAGACUGUUGACUACCCAUCAAUUACAGUUAAAUAGUCCCCUUAUAACAAAAGCUGGACUUGGCUCAUUGUUGCAUUGAAGCAAGUGUUUCUGUACAACAAUGAAAGUAAAGAUUAUAUAUGGACACACAUAAAUCACCAUACAGACUCAUUUGCAGAAGGACACAAAGAAGGACGCUGUUCGCAAUUGCCUUCACAUUACUGAUUUAUUUAAAGGUCCAAUGCUUUACCUGUUUUUCUUCUUGCUUUGUUUUGCUAGGUAAAUGUA